CCUUUAAAAUUUAUCGAAUCAAAAGAUUUUCUUAAGCUAGCGGGAUGAGCAUAGAGAAUAGCCUGAGUGAAGAGGAGGUCAGCAGAGAAGAUACAACGACAACGAUAGAAGUUCAGAUCGACUAUUUGGUAAAUAAGUUCGAACAAAUCAAUGGAAGAAGCAUAGCACUUGAGCGAGCGGUAAAGGAUUCCAGCAUAGAAGAUGCAGAGGAGACUGGCUGCUUGAUGGAUGUGUUGCACCUGCAGAUGCUGCAAUUGAUAGAGGAUCGGAUAACUCAACAACUGGCACUGGAAACGCAGACAUCCAGAGCACAACUUGAUCUGGCCAGAGCCCGCCUUCAGCAAGGAACUCACCAUGUUGCAGCCUCAGCUCGGUUGCCUAGUUCCUCCAGGCCCUACAAAGCGCUGUGCCGACUUCUGGAACAGGGCAUGACAUGGGGCAGCUCCCUGAAGCUGCUGCGUUUCAAUGUGGAACCAGCUCGAGGCUAUCUACGGCCGCUAACACACAUCUUUGGCGCCAUGGUGCCGUGCAGCUUGCGGCACGCGAGCCACAAGUGGGAACGUUGCAUGGAACAGAUUGUGGAAUGCGUGAAUGUCCAGCGGGAGUUGCAAUCUGUACUCAGUUUCAUUGAACGACUUAAGUGGGCGCAGCACCGAAGGGCCAAUGUCUGAGUGCGGCUGGGAGCGAGGAGAAUCGGAUGUCUAGUUCAAAGUUCAAAACAAAGUCACUUGGUGCCGAGUUGAGCUCUUAUAAGGCGUGCUUCCGUUUCGCAGUUGCCGCCGAACUAUAAAUAGCUAAUGCUACGCUUCUGUGUCUGUGUCUUGUACAUCUUCCCGUACAUCGUCGCUCUUGGCGUGCUUGUAAUUGCUUUUAAAAAUAAUUGAUAUAAAUAAGUUGUAAAAGUGCUACAUAAAGUAAUUUGCCAUUUUGUUUUAAGAGGUAUGAAGAAGGUAAAGUUAUUAGAAU